AUGAUACCCAGUAUGCUGACUGCUUGGUGGAGAACUCUGCCCAGGGAGAGGCGCAAUGUUUGGAUGGUCAUUGGGUGUGGGGUUGUUGGGGUUUCUGUUGCCAAGACUGGCUAUUUCCAUUUCUCAAGAAAUCUGUUGGUGCAAGAUGCCGAUCGUCGUCACAAAGAAGCGGUCGAAAAGCUCCAGGAAUCCUAUGCCUUUGCGGAUUGGUCACACCGAGAACGCGAAAAGCAACUCCCGGAUCUGACGCCAGAGCAACGUCGCCAAAUGAACAAGUUUUUGAACAUCAUGAUGGAACAUGAAAUGAACAAGCACUUUCCAGACGAUCCAGCAAUGCGACGAGGAAUGGCACCAACAACACCAGAGCCCUCCGAGUGA